GCUCCAUAAAAGGCACUACUCAAUAGUCAAUAGGCAUCCUUAGUACCUUUCCCUGCACAAUGGAGAUUUCAGUGACAUUUAUUGCCUUCUCUGUUGCUUUUACUAUCGUUUUAGGAUGUCUAUGGAAGGCGCUGGACUGGGUUUGGUUGAAGCCGAAGAAGCUAGAGAAGUUGCUUAGGCAACAAGGUUUCUCCGGCAACUCCUACAAAUUUCUUCAUGGAGACACAACAGAGAUGUUCAUGAUGAGAAAACAAGCAAAAACCAGAACGAUCAACCCCUUCUCUCACGAUAUUGCGUCACGAGUCAUUCCAUUCCACCAUCAUAUCUCCAAGAAGUACGGAAAGAAUUCAUUCAUAUGGAUGGGUCCAAUGCCAAUCAUAAACAUCACAGAUCCCAAAUUGAUAAGGGAAAUUUUGUUAAGGCAUGAAAUAUUUCAAAAACCCAAGCUGAACAGCCUUGGCAGGUCGGUAUUUAGUGGGAUGGGGAUAUACGAGGGUGAACGAUGGUUCAAAGUCAGAAAGACAGCCAAUCCAGCUUUCCAUCUCGAUAAGUUGAAGGGUAUGUUACCUAAGAUGUAUCUGAGCUGCAACGACAUGAUAAGAAAAUGGAAGAUUUCAAUCUCAAAUGAAGAGUCGCAUGAGUUAGAUUUGUGGCCUGACAUAAAGGCUUUAACAUCGGAUGUGAUCUCUCGGACAACAUUUAGCAGUAGUUAUGAAGAUGGAAGAAAAAUAUUUGAACUCAUAACCGAACAAAUUAAUAUUAUCACUCAAGUUUUCUACUUCUUUCACAUUCCGGGAUGGAGUUUUGUGCCCACUAAAGCAAACAGAAAAUUGAAAAGCAAUGAGAAAGAAAUUCGAGAAGUGAUAAAAGGAAUCGUAAAGAAGAGAGAGGAGGUCCUUAAAGUUGGAGAAGCAAGUAAUGAGGAUUUAUUGGGUUUAUUAGUGGAAUCAAAUCUCAAGGAAAUUCAAGAGCAUGGGCAUAAAGAAAGUGGAAUGAGUAUUGAAGAGGUGAUUGAUGAGUGUAAACUUUUUUAUCUUGCUGGCCAGGAGACUACUGCAACUUUGAUUAUAUGGACAAUGAUUUUGUUAUGUAUGCAUCCAAAUUGGCAAGAACGUGCAAGAGAAGAGCUUUUCCAAGUUUUCGGGAACAAAGAACCGCAAUUUGAUGAGCUAAACAGCUUGAAAGAAUUACACAAAAUUGUCUACGAGGUUCUGAGAUUAUAUCCACCACCUCUGUUAGGCAGAGCAACUAUUAAGGAGUCCAAACUGGGAGAAAUUAUUAUCCCGCCUGGCGUUUUCAUUUCAUUACCAAUAAUUCUAGUUCAUCAGGAUGAAAAAUAUUGGGGAGCUGACGCAAAAGAGUUCAAUCCAGAUAGAUUUUCCCAAGGGGUUUCAAAGGCUUCAAAGAAUGAUCAAGUUUCAUUUUUCCCAUUCAGUUGGGGUCCCAGAACUUGCAUCGGACAAAACUUUGCAUUGCUGGAAGCAAAACUAGCUUUAGCAAUGAUUCUGCAAAAUUUCUCUUUUCAGCUCUCUCCAACUUACGUUCAUACCCCUGUUCUUGGUAUAACUAUACAACCACAAAAUGGUGCUCACAUCAUUUUACAAAAGAUUUAGUAUCAUAUAGAUAAAUAGUUUUGAUGUAAGUUCUAUACAUAUCGAGCCUUAUAUGUUGUUGACUCAAUAAUCUUACAACAUCUAGUAAUGGUUGGAUUAUUUAUUA